AUAAAAAUUAAACUUUAUACUCUUAAAAAUUAAAAUUAAAAUUAAAAUUAAAAUAGCGACUAUUUGGCGACAAAUUAGCGACUAUAGUGAAAAUUUUGGGUUUAAUAAAAACCGCGAAACCAAACCCAAAUUUUAAGCCCAAUUCGGCAUGCCCACUCGUUUUCCCUCUGAAGAAAACGCACAAAGGGAAUCAGAAACCCUAAUUUCAUUCUCACUCUCUUCUCCUUCCUCAAUCUCUUCCUCAAUCUCUUCCUUAGUCUCAAAUCGAAUCUCUAAUCAAAUCCCUCAUCGAAACCCUGAUUUCGUUCUACAAAUCGAAUCUCUUCGUCAAUCUCUUCCUCAAAUCUCUUGCUCAUUCUCAAAUCGAUCUAGCCAUGCCUCUAGCUAACAACAAACGUCGAGGCCGCAAGAGAUUAUCCAUUCCAAAUGUGUCUCAGAGGCCAGUCGGUUCCAAACCCAACACAUCGAAAAGAAAAAACCCUUUACCUCCUCAAUACGAGUUCACGCCGGCGCCAGAGGAGCAGAUUCCUCAGCCUGAGUCGCCCCUUGAGCAAGUCCAGCCAGUCCGCGUUUCCCCUCAACUGUCUACGUCAAGAGCUUCUCAUUUCCGGGACUAUCCACCGCCACAAAGGCUUUUCCAGAGCUCGGUGAAUCAACCACGUGAAGACCAUGGGUUGUCUGAACAAGAAGUCCAGCAGGAACAACCUCGACAGCAGGCACAGCCUCGACAGCAACCUUCUCGACAACAACCUUCUCGGGAUCCUAGACAGCAACCUUCUCGACAACAGGAACCUCGACAACAACCUUCUCGGGAUCCUAGACAGCAACCUCCUGAACAAGUGGAUCCUCCAGGAUCUCCACUUCAUCACUCUCAGGCUCAGUCUCAUCCAUCAUCUCAAGGGAAUAAUUUCCAGGAUACUUUAGAACCAAUGUUGCCGGAGCUACAGGAGGACACAAUGAGGGAUCUAAAUGCCUUGCUUCUGGUGCCAAACCGCGAGAAGUUUACCACCGUCCUCUCUCCAACACCGCUGCCAACCCGAUAG